AUCUCUYAAAUAAAUGCAAAUCCURAGUACCUUGAUCAUAUUGAAUUCUCAAGGUGAUUGCAAACAAUACAUCACAACCUCUACAACAUCCCAAAGGCGUCGAAAUUGACGCCGCUUAAUUGUUAAACUACUUUAAACUGCUGUCAAAUUGAUCAUCGCAUACAGGAGCACAAUUGUGAAUUCCCCAUAUUAUUAGAGUCGAUUUUGGAUUURUACACAGGUCUGUAUCAGCAGUAAUUGAAGCAUGGCGUUGAAGAGUAAAUGGCCUGACGUUGAAAUACCCGAAAAMCUUUCUUGGUCACAGUAUGUCUUACAAAAUGCCGACAAGUACGGUGACAGAACUGCAAUUGUUGAUUCAAAUAAUGAAAAAAGCUACACCUACAAAGAACUCAAAGACCUCGUGCACAAAUUUGGUUCUGGUCUUACCAAGAAAGGCUUCAAAAAAGGCGAUGUUUUGGCUAUUAUAUGUCCUAACAUCCCCGACUUUCCUGUUUUAUAUUUUGGAGUGAUUAGUAUUGGCGGAAUAGUAACUACUAUGAACCCCAUCUAUACAGUCGAGGAAGCUGCACACCAGCUCAAAGAUUCAGCGACAAAGUGGAUAGUAACUCUACCGUCGUUUGCAGAUAAAGUGAAAGACGCUGCUGCCAAGGUUGGCAUCGAAAAUAUCUACGUCAUUGGAGAAGCAGAAGGCUGUCAAUCAUUUUCUGAGCUUCUUGACGCAGCUGAUGAUACCGUUGUUGAAGCAGAAAUUAACCCAAAAGAAGAUUUGGCUGCGUUACCAUACUCAAGUGGAACAACUGGUCUUCCCAAAGGCGUAAUGCUUACACAUUAUAGUCUAAUUGCGGAUUCGUGUAUUACCAUUGGUGAUAAUUUUUACGAUUGUAACGAAGACUCGUGUUCUCUGGCUGUUCUGCCACUUUUCCACAGCUUCUCGCUCAUGAUAAACCUGGCAAAUGUCUUCGUUCGAGGUGGGAAGGUAGUCUGUCUUAUUCGUUUUGAGCCUGAGCCGUUCUUGAAAGCUAUCCAAGAUCACAAGAUCACCAACACGUCAUUAGUUCCACCCAUCAUACUAUUCCUGACGAAACAUCCAAUGGUAGAGCAGUAUGACCUGUCAAGUCUGGUUGACAUCACUUGUGGAGCUGCUCCAAUGGGAGAGGAGCUAGGAAAAAAAUUGGUGGAGCGUCUUCCAAAAUUAAAAUGGCUUCGACAAGGUUAUGGAAUGACUGAGCUUUGUCCAGUGUCACACGUUACACCUCUUGGCAAAAGUACUAACUAUGGUUCCGUUGGAGUGCUUCUUCCAAAUUUGGAGUGCAAGGUUGUUGAUACUGUGUCUGGUGAAACUCUGCCCAAAGGAAGUGAUGGAGAAAUCUGUGUUAGAGGGCCAAUUGUUAUGAAGGGUUACCUCAAUAACGACUAUGCCACCUCACUUGCCAUCGAUAAGGAAGGCUGGUACCACUCAGGAGAUAUCGGACAUUAUGAUGAAGACGAGAACUUCUACAUUGUCGACCGACUCAAAGAGUUAAUCAAAUACAAAGGAUUGCAAGUAGCUCCUGCAGAACUUGAAGCAAUCCUUCUCUCCCAUCCAGACGUGGCCGAUGCAGCUGUUAUUGGAAUACCUGACGAAGAAGCUUGCGAACUUCCUAAAGCAUUUGUCGUCCGAAAAGGAGACAUCACAGAAGAAGCACUUGCAGACUUUGUUCACGAGAAAGUUGCUCCUUAUAAAAAGCUAAGAGGAGGGAUUGCCUUCAUUGAGAAAAUUCCCAAGUCGGCAAGUGGCAAGAUUCUAAGACGAGAGCUUAAAGACAAGGAACUAGCCCAAUCUCCUCAAUUACAAGAAAUCGUACAGAAGAGAGAUGUGAAUGUCUUGAGGAGUAAAUAUCCAGAUGUUGAGAUUCCUGACAGCAUGUCAUGGACGGAGUUCUUGAUGAAAGAUUUUGAUUCUUUUGGCGACAAGCUUGCAUUGACUGAUGUCAAACGUGAGCGCUUCUAUACAUACAGGCAGCUCAAAGACUUAAUUACACGUACAAGUUCUGCUCUGAUCAAAAUUGGUAUGAAGAAAGGUGAUGUGUUGUGCCUCUUCUGCCCUAACAUCCCUGAAUUUGCCAUCAUCUACUUGGCGGCUAUUCACGCUGGUGGUGUUGUCACGGCUGCAAAUCCUCUUUACACUGAAGAUGAAUUGUCUCAUCAACUUCAGCUAGCAAAAGCAAAAUUCCUCGUAACAACGCCUCAACUUACUCACCGCGCCAAAGAAAGCGCCCAAACGAAUGGCAUCGCACAUCUGUACGUGGUUGGAAAAGCAGACGGCUUUAUGUCCGUUUCAAUUCUUUUUGAGGAUGAUGGUAGCAGCUUUCAAAYGGCMAACGUCAACCCAAAAGAUGAUCCAGCACUUUUGCCCUUCUCCAGCGGGACCACGGGGCUUCCGAAGGGUGUGCAACUCACACAUUAUAAUUUAGUUGCCGAUGCAUCCAUAGCAAGUGCUGAAGGUUUCAUUGGAUACUCGACGUCUUCUGUUCUUCUUGGAUUUUUACCCUUUUUCCAUACAUAUGGUUUGGUGACUGUGUUGUCAAUUGGCUUGUGCCGAGGAAGUACCAUCGUAUGCCUUCCUAAGUUUGAACGCGACCAUUUCUUCUCCAUCUUACAGGGUCACAAGGUAACCCAUGUAGCCGUAGUACCGCCUGUUGCCAUUAUGAUUGCCAAAGAUCCAUCUCUUCAGAGCUAUGACCUAUCUAGUUUGAUUGAGAUCACAUCGGGAGCAGCCGUUUUAGGAGGGGAAGUUUCCAAAGAGGUCCUAAAAAGGCUACCUCAUAUGAAAGUAAUUCGACAAGGUUACGGGAUGACUGAGCUCAGUCCAGUAAGUCACAUGACUAUAAUGUCAAGCACAAAGCAUGGAACUGUGGGACACCUACUUCCUAAUUUGGAAUGCAAGGUUAUUGAYAUAACCUCGGGGGAGACAGUUGGAGCCGGGAUUGACGGCGAGAUAUGCGUUCGUGGACCGAUCGUAAUGAAAGGUUAUCUGAACAACUCCGAAGCCACUUCUAACACUAUUGACAAAGACAAUUGGCUGCACACUGGUGAUAUCGGCCAUUAUGAUCGAGAUGAAUGCUUUUAUAUUGUCGAUAGAGUGAAGGAACUUAUCAAGUACAAAGGAUACCAGGUUCCUCCUGCUGAGUUAGAGUCACUUCUUGUAUCUCAUCCAGAAAUCACCGACGCUGCUGUCGUCGGUAUCCCUGACGAAGAAGCUGGGGAGUUACCAAUGGCUUACGUGGUAUCCAAUGGCAACAUCUCUAAAGAUGACAUUAUCAAGUUUGUCGAGGAAAAUGUUGCACCUUAUAAGAAACUCCGCGGUGGGGUGGAAUUCGUGGACGAAAUCCCAAGGUCUUUAAGCGGGAAGAUUUUGAGACGGGAGCUUAAAGACAAGCCAAAGCUUUUGAAGAAAAUACAAAGUAGAGAGCCGAGUUCAUCUUCUCGAAGGACCGCGGAUGCUGCACCGAAGCUCAACAUAAUCAGACAGCCAAUGCGAAAGAAGUCUUCGUGUUGCUCAAUCCUUUGAGAACAUUUGGAAUAUUAUUUUGGUAAUGAAGAAUAAUACGACUUAA